AGGAAGCCCUCUCUUUGCUGUGUCGAGUCGACAACCGGCGUGUAUUCGUAAUCUGAUCUCUCUCGGCGUGGAUUUCAUAUCUCCUGUUGCUCGAGUGAAGUGAAGAUUUCGAAGGAUUUUGCUUUUCUUCUUUGCUGAUCUUGAUUUUGGUAUUGGUCGUUAGGUUGAAGUUGAAGAAGGUGGAAGAUGUCAAACAAUAGUACACACUGGUGUUACCAGUGCAGGCAAAGAGUAGAACCUUGUCAGAGGCACAUGGUCUGCCCCAUUUGUAAUUCUGGUUUUGUGUUGGAACUUGAUGAGAUAGAUGCCACACCGAGUGACCAUGUUGGGGUGGAUCCUGAUGCUGUUCAUGAUCCAUGGAUUAGGAUAAUGGAGGCCACGUCUUUUUUGACAAGGAGGAGGAGGGUGAGAAGUAGACAUCAUGGUGGACUCAUUAGAAUGCUCAACGUGAAUUCAGAUUUUGGUAUGGAAUUUGGAUCAGGCCCUUUGGCAGUCUCUAGGGGGGGUCAGAUUCCAGUUCAUGAAUCCGAGGGCCAUGGAUUGGACACCUCCCUUAAUGGGCAUUAUGGUGUUGGAAUUCGACAGGCCGACAUGAUAGACUCUUUUGUUGAGCCAGGCCUGGAUGAACUGAUUGAACAGUUUAUGCAGAAUGAUAGACAUAGAUCCAUGGAAACCCUCCUUAACAGGCAUUAUAGAGUUGGAUUUCGACAGGCCGACAUGGCAGACUAUUUUGUUGAGCCUAGCCUUGAUGAACUGAUUGAGCAGUUGAUGCAGAAUGGUAGACAUAGAUCCAUGGACACCCUCCUUAAUAGGCAUUAUGGUGUUGGAAUUCGACAGGCCGACACGGCAGACUAUUUUGUUGAGCCAGGCCUUGAUGAACUGAUUGAGCAGUCGAUGCAGAAUGAUAGACAUGGAGCUCCAUCUGCAUCACGAUCAUCUAUUGAUGCUAUGCCCAUCAUAAAAAUCAAUCAGAGGCAUCUUCGCGUGGAUUCGCAAUGCCCUAUUUGUCUAGAGAGGUUUGAAAUAGGAUCGGAGGCACGAGAGAUGCCAUGUACACAUUUAUAUCACUCUGAGUGCAUCAUCCCAUGGUUAGAACAGCAUAACUCAUGUCCAGUCUGCCGCUAUGAGAUGCCAACUCAGGGUUCUGGUAAUUGGAGUUCAAGGUCAAGUGGUCAAACUUCAGGCAGUAGUUCAAGGAACAGUGGACAACGUCUAAGGGAUCUAUUGUCAAGCAUGUGGCCUUCUCACUCUUGAAGCUCUAAUUCUAAUUCUUAUUUGAACCCAAACUGAGGAAUCAUUCUACUUCUAAGUAUGAUCAUACCAAAUGGGUUGCAUACUUUGGAUAGCUUUGAUCACUGUUGGUCUUUGGCCUUGUUAAAUCAUGUUGUUUUUCUCGUCUUUUCAAAUUGUUGAAAAUUCAAAUUCCUGUGAAUUUACUUGUUGGAAAAGAAGGGUUUUCAUAUCAA